CCCUUUUGUUGCGCCGCGGUGGGCAUGGUGAUGGUGCAGGGGGGCCCGGUUUAUGCUGACGCUGGGCUGUGGGCAUGACACGGGCUGAUAUGACCAGAUGAGAUACCCACAGAGGCAGCGUGACACAGAGAGGAAGAGAGAGAGAGACAGGAAGAGAAAGAGAGAUAGAGAGAGAGAGAGAGAGAGAGAGAGAGAGGAAGAGAACGAGAGAGGGGCAAAGAAGAAAUCGAGGAGUGCUCGUAAAGCAGCAGAAGGCCCCCCCCCAUAAUGGACUAGGAUCCGUGAAGUCAAUGCACAGACUCUCACACCACCACCACCAUCAUCACCAGCAUCGUCCAUCUGCCAACCAUCACCACGACCGAGAGCGACCCUCCCCCGGCAGCCAGCACAAGCAUGCAGGAGUCUCCCGGCUCGAUAGGUGUGGACGGAGGAUACGCCAGCAACGUCCCUGCCUUUCUCACCAAGCUCUGGACCCUGGUGGAGGACCCCGACACCAAUCACUUGAUCUGCUGGAGUGCGACUGGCACCAGUUUUCAUGUUUUCGACCAGGGAAGGUUCGCUAAAGAGGUGCUGCCCAAGUACUUCAAGCACAACAACAUGGCCAGCUUCGUCCGCCAGCUCAACAUGUAUGGCUUCAGGAAGGUGGUGAACAUCGAGCAGAGUGGCCUGGUGAAGCCGGAGAGGGAUGACACUGAGUUCCAGCACCUCUACUUCCUGCAGGGCCACGAACACCUGCUGGAGCACAUCAAGAGGAAGGUGUCCAUUGUGAAGAGUGAGGAGACUAAAGUUCGGCAGGAAGACCUCAGCAAGCUGCUCUAUGAGGUGCAGGUGCUGCGCAGUCAACAGGAGAAUAUGGAGUGCCAGAUGCAAGACAUGAAGCAGCAGAACGAGGUGCUGUGGAGGGAGGUGGUCUCGCUCCGGCAGAACCACAAUCAGCAGCAGAAGGUCAUGAGCAAGCUGAUUCAGUUCCUGUUCAGCCAGAUGCAAUCCAAUACACCCAACACUGUUGGAAUGAAGAGAAAACUGCCCCUCAUGUUGGAUGACGGCUCCACCACCCCUCCGGCCUCCAAGUUCAGCCACAGCCACCCCUUGGAGCCCCUGCAGGAGCCCUUCUACAUCCAAUCGCCAUCUACAGACACAGCCUCUUGCUCCAGCAGCAGCACGAUGACAGGAGGACCAAUCAUAUCAGACGUUACUGAGAUGUCCCAGCCAAACACCAUGGCCAUACCAAUGCAAACAGAAGAGUCAAGGGAGAAGUGCAUGAUGCUCAUUAAGGAGGAGCCAGUGAGCCCUGGGGUCAGAGGUCGUGGGGAGGGUGUGGCCCUCAGCUCUUGCGAGGUGUGUGCCGAGCCCCCCGUCCUCCCCGUUGCCAUGGUGCAGUCUGUCCUGGAAGCCCGAGGGACUGGGUCUGGAGAGAGGAGGGCCAAGAGGCCGAUGAUGGAGAGGUCUGAGGUAGCUGAGGCUGUGGAGAGUGUGGACAUGAGUCUGGAGGACCUACAGAUGCUCCUUCGGAGUCACCAGCAGAGCCUGGAGCCCAGUGCAGCAGCCACUGCUAUGGAUCCAUUUAACUUCAGCCUGCCCCUGACCGAGUGGAACUUCACAGACAUGGAGUCAAACCUGAAAUCAUACAUGUUCCAGACCCAGGAGGAGGAGGCCUUCAGUGGAGCCGGCUGCGAGGAGCAGCAGUAA